AUGGCAAUCAUACAUCAAGGAAACCAUUCCAUCUUGAAACUUUGUUGUUCAUCAAACCGAGCAAUAACCUUAAUACAAAAGGUUAUAGCAGAAGUUAUUGGAACAUACUUUCUUGUAUUUGCAGGUUGUGGUGUUGUAGCAGUCGACAAAAUCUAUGGCUCCAUAACAUUUCCAGGGAUAUGCAUCACUUGGGGUCUGAUUGUAACCGUCAUGUGUUACUCAGUUGGUCAUAUCUCCGGCGGACUCUUCAACCCCGCGGUGACGAUAACCUGGGCCAUUUUUCGCCGAAUCAAAUUCAUCGAAGCCCCACUUUACAUUGCCGCUGAGUUACUCGGUUCAACGCUUGCGAGUUUAACAUUAUCUUUAAUGUUUGAUAUUACACCGAAAUCGUUUUUCGGAACCGUGCCAGUUGCAUCUAGCGGUCAAUCUUUAGCUAUGGAAUUCAUUAUCAGUUUUCUGUUAAUGUUUGUUAUUUCAGCUGUUACAACGGACCAUAGAGCGGUGGAUGAUUCAGCGAGUAUCGCGGUUGGAAUGACGAUAACGUUGAAUCUUUUUAUAGCUGGACCUGUUUCAGGUGCAUCUAUGAAUCCAGCAAGAAGCAUUGGACCUGCAAUUGUGGUGCAUAUUUACAACGGUUUAUGGAUAUAUGUAGUUGGUCCAAUUGUUGGAGCUGUGGCUGGAGCACUUGCGUAUAACUUUCUUAGAUCGGUGUACAAGCCAAGAGCAGAAAUAGCAGCAGAAACGACUCCGUCGGAGAUAACAAAGGAGAAUCCAAAUUCAGAAUUGAUAGCAGAAGAGCCAUUGAGGAGUAUAAGUAUAAGUUGA